AUGAGUCGUAGCGUAGACACAAGUGCCCUACGCGACGUGACAUCAUGGCGUGACCCCAACCGUAGUUUGAAUCCAGAAUUUUCUGCCCUUAAUGAACCGACUCAUACGUUGACGGGUUGCAGCUCCGACAAAACUGCUCUACUGGAGGUUCUGCUUCCGGUACAUGCUAAAUUGGAGGAUCGUGAGGAAGUUUGCCGCGAUUUGGGAGUUUCCAUUCAAACUGGGAAAGGUGGCAGUAAUGGACUGUCACGGCGUGUGUGCAUGCGACUAACGGAUCCUGGCGACCCAUUUUUCCUUUUUGAACUGGACCUACUCGAGGAUGAUUAUGGAGUCUUUAAACAAAAGUUGGAACUACUCGUCGACUUCAGUGGUUUCCCAAAAUAUCUCGUAACCAUGUUGGAUAAUGUUUGCAGUGGAAUUGUACCGUACGUUGUGUCGUUUGUUGUGGACAACAGGGAUACGACGCGUGGAACACUUCGCGUAUUGGAGCGCACGGAGUUUCGGACGGUGGAGCAUAUUUCGCUGAUACUUCUGCGCCAGGGUGAUAGUGGUCAGAAACGGUACCUUGCGGAACGAUUCCGCCACUUUGAGCGCGCUUACACCACAGCAAUUGAGGAACAUCGUAAAGAAGCUACAGAAGCUGCAGCAAACAUAGAAGCGUUAAAAAGGGAAGUGGCCACCUUGGAGGAAACCUCCACUGCCUUACGUGAUAGAUUGGAUUCGACCACGAGUGAAUGCAAAAGAAAUCAACUAACAAGUAUUGGUCAGCUACGGGAAGAACAUGCCAGUCAACUGUCUCAGUUGCGCGCCACACUGGAAGCCGAUCUACGGCACACAGCACAACGCGCGGAAGAGACGCAAAAGCGGCUGCGGGAGGAAUUGCAAGUGAAGGAGAUGGAGCUUAACGAGGCACGAAAACGCAUAGCAUCGUUGGAUUCGGAAGUCAUCAAAAUGCGGUCAGAGUUGCGCGUUAGCGAAGAUACACGUAAGGUCCAGGCGAAGGAUCUGGAGGAACUGCGAUCCGCAAACGGUGAACUUCAAGCUUUCCGCUCGCAAGCAACCAGUUCACUCUCCGAGAAUGAAUUGAAUUGCGUCAAGCUGCAGGAGCGGUUACGGGGUCUGGAGCACGUACUUGAAUCAAGAGAAAAGGAACAUAAGAUGCUCCGUGAUCAAUAUAAAAAGCAGGACAAUUACGUCCGUAUCUUGGCGUCACAAAAUGAGCAGUUGACGGAGCAGAAAGCAAAGGAGGAGGCUUCAUUAUCGAAGGCGCAUCAUAUCAUCUCCACACAACUAAAAAACAUUAAAUCGUUAAAGACCAGGAGUCGUAUGAUGCGAAGCCAGAUUCAUAGCCAGGAUGGUCUGAUUCAAGAGAAGGAAAACACUAUUAUGCAACUGAGGGGUGAGUUAUCAUCUUCCACUGAAAAACUCCAGGCGCUUCAAAGCAAGGUUACCGAACUGCGAGAUCAGUUGGAGAAAACAGACGACGCUCGCAGUAAGCUAGCAAAUGAGCUGAGGUGCGCAAACGAUGCCCUCAUUUCUCUCCAGCGCGGCACGAGUAUUAGUGGAAGGCGUUGGAACUCUGGUUUAAUUCCUUCCCUUAGUAACGGUAGUAAUGAUGUCCGUACGGGUGACCCCAUGGCGGCAGGGUUUAAUGGUAAUUAUGCACCUCCCUCCUUUGGUGUGUAUAAGGAGCUGAACAAGAAUGCGAGCACAACAUAUCGGCAAUUUAAUGCCCACGCAUCACGCGGUAUUGUUGAAAACAACGACGGAGUUUUGUCAAUGAAUGCCACCAAGGGCCCUAGCGGCUAUGGAGAGGAACGCAAACCUGACGGCAGGUUAGGCGAGGUAGAAAAACAGUUCGAAGCACAGCAAUCAGUGAAGUCAUUUGGUAAUGGUACGGCCAACGGCACCUCGUCAAACUCAACAUUGUUGGCAGGAAGUUCAGUUAGUGCAGUGCUGUCGGAGCAAAACAAAGCGGAACAUAAACGGUCAAAUGGGCAACUGGCUCGGGCUCCUUUGGACUCCAAGGUGGCUAAUGGGAUGUCGAGCAGCACCAUGCAACCGUUUGCCACCAAAAGUUUCUUCAGCGACGAUACACACAAAACUGGUGUAAACGACGCUCCCACUGUUAGAAAUGAAUAUAAUGUUCCGAUUGACAAUGUGAGGAGCUCAUACUUCUAA